AGAGCCAGCAUUAAUUCCUGUGCAAGCACAGAAACCGAACAGAAGAUUGCGGAAACCCUAACAGGUCCAAUAGCCGCAGCGGAGUCCGAGUUUGGAGACAAGUCGAAAGCGAGGGCGCUGCAGUCCUGCAGCGGUUUGCGAGUUGAAGAGGGCGCUGCCAGCACUUUGUACACUCGGCAACUUAUGAAAUGGUGGCCGACAAGAUAGCGCAGUUCCUAACGAAUUCCCCAGCUGCCAAGGUGACGAGGCUGCUCUCUGUUGCCCUUGAGUGCGUUGCGCUUGCUGUCAAGAAAAUUGAUCUUGUGCGAGCAGAUCCUAUGAGGUUGAGAAGUUAUCUGGAUAACCUGGCACCAUUCCUUCGAGAUCCAAGUUUGUCAGCCCAUGCAUUGAAGCAAGCACUUGCGAUAUCCCUGACGUUGGUGUGUGUCAUGUUCUCAAACACGAGUCAAGAUUUCGACUGGAGGGCUUGCAGUGCCCUCUGCUCUUUCGGUGAAUCUCUGCAGCGUCAGCUUGUGUCGACGGAGCCGCAGUUCGUGGAAGCUGCGCUAGACUCUUUCAGCGGCAUUGGGGAUCAUGCCGCAGAAAGGCUGAAUCUGGGAGAGGGCACUGCCGGAUUGUCCUGUCUCACGGAUUGGCUUCAGCAUUACGGACUGGCCAGGUUCGUGUGGGACAACUUACAGAACGGCGACGGCGGAGUGCGGGCAUCCGCGGUGGCCGCAGUUGGAAAACUGUUUGUUCGAGAAUGGUUGUGGACUCACUUUUGCAGUCGUCUGUCUCUUGAGGAGGAAGACGUCAUAAAAGACAUUUCAUCGAUGGCGCUGGACGACGCAGAUGUGUUUGCACGACGGUCCGCAGCGUCCACUCUUCGCAGCUGGGUUGAUCGAGACUGCCUUGGACUGCGCUCCAGACACCGAUGUGCUCUGCAGCACUGUGCAUCCGGCAUGCUCGCUUCGGACUUGGACUGCGAAGUCCAGCUAGCCGGUCUGUCAAUCUGGAAGACGCUUCUUGGGGAGAAGCUCGAAGUGCCGAGCGUAGUCUCCGAGUCCGCCGUGAAGGAAAUGCUCGGGGAAGCCGACACUGCAGGUUUUGGCGCGUCCAUGAAGAAGGCGAUGGCCUCCGAUGCAGAUCAAGAAGUCCGGAAAGAUGCGCAGGCCUUUUUGCGUCAGCUGCGGACCAGGCUGCACGACCGAUGUCCACUCCCUGGCAAAACUCGUGAGAUGGGAUGCAGACAGGAUGGAGUGGAUGCUUCGAAUUACGAAGACAAUCCAGAUUGCUCCACUGAUGUAGAGGCACCCAUGGAGUGCGGUGAUAGCACUUCCAAUGUGGAUCGUUUGGCGGCCAUGGAGGAAGUGCUUGACCUGGGUGUGUCGGAGUGCCUCCAACGGAAGUUGAAGCUCCCUGAGAACAUCCAAAAGCCAGCCACAUCGCUGGCAACAGGCACGUUACAGUUAGGGCUGGUACACACAGAAGACCUUCUUACAAGACUCUCACCCCUGGGAACUUUCAGAAAUUGUGAUGUGGAGCACAUCUCACUGGACUUCCACAGUGGAGACUCUCUUUUAGAAGACAUCUUGGCUGCUGCCGCAUCAGAACACUGCGACAGGGAUUGCUACUGAGUUUUUAUGACAUACAAACAUUUGUAUUUUGAUGCGAUAAACCUGUGUAAAUAAA